AAAGUACUAUUUAGAAAGUUUCCAUAAACUGGUAUUCUAUGAAUCCAUCUGUCCGGAAAACGCGGUCCCUCCCACCCAGUCUCCAUUUUCGCAGUCAACCAGCAGAGACGAUGAAGUCCAAGCAGCCCAAGUGGAAGAAAUUCCACUGUCCUCCGCUGUCGGCGUCGCGCAAGGAGCAGAUCACGCACGAGGCCAACCGCGCGUGUGACGAGCUGCUUCGUUUCUCGGCGGGCGAGGCCUUCAGCAGCACAGGCUCGAGUCUGGACAGCGACGAGGACCAGUUCCAGGACGGCCUCAAAUGGGAGUACACAGAACAACUAGAGAGCAUCCGCGUGGAGAAGGUCAAGGUCAAAUCCGAGACCAAGAGAGGCGUUUAUUACUUCCGCGGUAUCACUCAAGUGGAGGGCGCAAUUGAGGAAAUCAUGGAAUUGUACGAUGUGGACAUGGCCCACCCCAAUAUGCAGCUGGAGAAGAAAUUAUCCCCAGACAUUCUACACUCUGUAGUGCUCUACGAAAUUCUACCCUACCGUCCAGAAGAAAGCACAGUCUUCAUCGGCAUCCGCUGGUCUGCCGUACGCUCGCCCUACGUCAUGGUACGCAACCGAGACUACUGCUACCUGGAGAUUCAACGUCGCUUUACUCUACCAGACGGGAGGCGAGGCUUCGCUCGCUGUCUACACUCGGUUAAAAUAAAGAGCUGCCCGGACAUGGAAAAGUCCCACGGCUUCGUUCGAGGCAGCAUGUAUCGCUCAGGUAUCGUCUUCAUCGAGAGCAAACGAGACCGUAAGACGUUGGACAUUGUUCAGGCCGUGUAUACCGACUUAAAGGGCAACGUACCGCAGUGGGUUGCAGCCAAGGGACUGCGGCAGAGACUCAUGGGUCUGGAACACCUCAAGAAAUACGUCAACAUGAAACGUGUGGCCAACCAAACUUUCGCUCGUCGUAGCCAACUGAUGGCACCGGGGAAGGUCAAGACGUGCUUUGUAUGUGUGGACGACAUCGGCACUUUUAAGAGGAGAUACAACUGCCAGAAAUGUGGAGAGGUCAUUUGUGGCCGCUGCAAGUUAACUAUCAACGCGGACAUUCCAGUCGUGGGCAAGAUGAAGCUGACGAUAUGUAGCUUAUGCUCGCUGGCCAUCAACCGGAGCGCGCUCCCGGACAACAACAACACCGACGACAGUGAAGGACUGGGGCAUCGACCGUUUUCGGCGACGCAGCAGCCGACGUAUCAGCAUCGCGACUGCGACGACGAGGUGCCACAGCGCAAACGCGCGCUUAGUCUGAACUCUUUCCACACUGCCAACUUCGACCAGACAUCACUGCAGAGUUCGGUCUUGGCUCGGGAGUUCUAAGGAGAAAAUCAUGGCAACAAGCAAGAUUGGAAGCAGGAAUCCUGUGCUGUUGAGUCCAGAACUCGUGUGCUGUGGUCAGCACACUGUACCUUCAACUGUUUAUCAAAAUGUAAGAAAGGUGUUUGCUACAGUUUGGCCGUCUUGCUAAUUCGCGCUCCAGAACGUAAAUAUGUUGAAAUACACGCCAAUCAUGUACAAAUACUAAAAAAAAAAUGUGUGGCAAAAUUUCGCCAGUUGAAGUUGGCUCGCAUCGCUGCACACCACGUCCCGGCCAGUGCCAACGUCGUGCUGGAUUCCUUGCACCAUUCACCCGACAAUGUAUUCUCUUUGGUCACAUGAUUCUCGGUACUGCCUCAAACGGUCCUGAAUUUCUGACAAUCAUCAGCCUUUCACAUCGCUUCAGCAUCGUAAAUCUCGAUCCCGGUGUGAUCACAGCCCGAAAUCACGAACGAGUGUGAACAGAUAUCCGUCUCAGUAGCGGUCCAGAGACAUCUUACCAUGCGUAACAUCGCACAAUAGACCAGAUACUGCCGGUUUUACUGAGCAUUUGACACUUGUCGUUUGGACUGGUCACCCGGACAUGCACACACAGCGAGAG